UGCUUCAGCCAGCUGGCAGUGCAGGAGGGCUCUGCUUUCCCUGCCGCCGCCUCCUCCUCUGCAGGGGGAGGAAGCUCCCAUCUCCACAUGAGAAAACAGCUUUUUAACCUGUGCGAAUGAGCUGGACUCUUAGAGGGAUUAACCUGUCCGGUAAUUGAAUUUACAAAGACUGAAAGUCCGGGUGCUUUCAAGUGAGUGGAGGACAGUUCGGGAAUGGGACUGUGACUACACAGAGAACGUGCUGUGGGGCUGCGGCUCACCCACGCUCUGCUCCACUCACCCUUUUGCAGGGGACCAUGGACAACAUGUGCUGAGACCGAGUGCUGGGCAGAAGCAGCAGUGGGCUGGUGAAGAUGGAGAAUGGCACAGGGGAUGAGCAGAACCAAACUGGGCUGCCACUAUCAAGCCAGGAGAUCGUUACAGCUGAAUACCAAGUGGUUACCAUCCUCUUGGUCCUCCUGAUCUGCGGACUGGGCAUCGUGGGCAACAUCAUGGUGGUUUUGGUGGUCCUCAGAACCAAACACAUGAGAACUCCCACUAACUGCUAUCUGGUGAGUCUGGCUGUGGCAGAUCUCAUGGUGCUUGUGGCUGCAGGACUACCCAAUAUCACAGAAAGCCUGUAUAGAUCCUGGGUGUACGGCUACGUGGGGUGUCUCUGCAUCACUUAUCUCCAGUACCUAGGGAUCAAUGCUUCUUCUUUUUCCAUCACUGCCUUCACUAUUGAGAGAUACAUAGCCAUCUGCCACCCAAUCAAAGCUCAAUUCCUAUGCACUUUUUCAAGAGCCAAAAAGAUCAUUAUUUUUGUCUGGGCUUUCACCUCCAUGUACUGUAUGCUCUGGUUUUUCUUGCUAGACCUUAAUACAGUAGUCUACAAGGACACUACUGUUGUGUCCUGUGGCUACAAGGUGUCCAGGAGCUAUUACUCUCCUAUCUACAUGAUGGACUUUGGUAUAUUUUAUGUUGUGCCAAUGGUAUUGGCGACUGUCCUCUAUGGCCUGAUUGCUAGAAUACUGUUCCUGAACCCUAUCCCUUCGGACCCAAAAGAAAACUCUAAGACAUGGAGGAAUGACGUGGCUCACCAAAGCAAGCCUGUGAAUUCCAAGAUGACUAACAGGAGUUUCAAUAGCACUAUUGCUUCUCGAAGGCAGGUUACCAAGAUGUUGGCUGUGGUGGUGGUUCUAUUUGCAUUUCUAUGGAUGCCCUACCGCACGCUGGUGGUGGUCAAUUCCUUCCUCUCCAGCCCCUUCCAAGAAAACUGGUUCCUGCUAUUUUGCAGGAUCUGUAUUUAUUUAAAUAGUGCCAUCAAUCCUGUAAUUUACAAUCUCAUGUCCCAGAAGUUCAGAGCAGCCUUCAGGAAACUCUGCAACUGCCAGCAGAAACAGGACAAGAAACCAGCCAACUACAGUGUGGCCUUAAAUUAUAAUGUCAUCAAAGAGUCUGAUCACUUCAGCACUGAACUAGAAGAUAUAACUGUCACCAAUACCUAUCUGUCCUCUGCAAAAUUGUCCCUUGGUGAUACGUGUUUGUCAUCUGAGGCCUGAGGCCCACCUUAUUCCGGGUAUGCAGUCAUAUAAAACCUUUGGAUGCUUUGUUCCCACCAACCUGUAUGAAAUGUAAAAGCAUUUCUGCUCACAGAAUUGCAGGAGUUACCAUAUAUCUCUACACACCUGUCUGUGUCCUACAAGAAAAAGGAACCUCCUGGGGAGUGAAAAAAAUAUAUACUACUAACUGAAUGAAACACUUAACAUAACUUUUAGCAGGUGAGUUGACUUCAGAGGAAUGCCCAAAUCCUUCACCUCGAGUAUUGGCCAACAGCAGCCUGAGCACUCAAGAAGAGCGAGGCUGCCCAGGACUUCUCCAGGGAUGCGGAGCGGGGCAAUGGAUGAUGCUCGUGGUGAAGGUGAGAGGCGAGGAGAGGAGCUGCCCUCCCACGGCCACUGGGCCGCGUAACCGCAGCCUGUCCGACAGCAGCCGUAACCACUGCCAAUCACAGUAACUACCAACCAUCGACUCCCUCAUCCCACAGCAGUGCAAAUCCAACUGCAGGCAUCAUAACGUGCUUCAAUAAGCAGACAUCUGACGGCAAAGAGCACGAAAUCUUUUUUUUUUCAUGGUUUUUGUGUUGGUUUUUUUUACCUUGAACUGCAUGAAAUAGGAGGACCAUUCAAUGAAUUCGCAGCAGGGAAUAAACAAAUUAA